GCUCUAUCAUGCUUGGGGACGACUAUGUUGAGCGCCCUUUGUUUGGUGAGGCGAUAUCUAGUGCAUUUCCUCUUAGAUUCCAGGAUGUGAGCAAUAUUCGUGAAGUUCCUGAUCAUCAGGAGGUUUUUGUAGAUCCUGCUCGUGACGAGAGCAUGAUAUUUGAGCUUCUAGAUUUCAAGCAUGAUGUGCAAGAUAAUAGAAGCAUUGCCUGGUUUCUUCAAGACCUUGCCACUGAACAUGAUGCGGAACGAAGCAUGACCAAUCAUGUGUGA